UCCCCAACCUUCCCAGCAUUCAUAUCUUUACAUUACACUCCAAAAAAAAUCUUAUACAAAGAAUAGUCAUUAGUCAAUCCUUACGGUUUCCUUCUUUCAUUUGGCAUUUGUCUGGUAUUUCUUUAGUCAAAAUACAUCCACCAUAUUUAUAUUGCUGCCACAAGUUAUACGCGUUCUUCAUUUUCUAAAUUCACGCACCAUAAUUUAUCAUUACCAAACUCCUUCCUUUAUCAUUAUUAUUGUAUCUCUCUGCACUUUCCUUGCUACUGUAAGUGCUCUGACUUUGUCCUCGCCGUUGAAAUCUUUUAUUCGGUUUCUUCCUUAUCCCCUUCUAAAUUUAUUCUCUUUAAUCAGGGUUUGUUUUGAUUCGGACAUCAUUUGGAGUGAAACGCAUUUACAAGAAGGAUGGGAGGGGUUUGCUCUGGAGGGACAAAAAGAAAAAAUGGCAAAGUUGCAGAGAAAAAUUCAGGGUUUUCUGGGAAGCUGAAGUCAGUAAAGAGCUUAACCAAGCAUAAAGAGAAUUCCCAUUCUUAUACUAGUAAUGGGGACGAUUUUGGCAAGAUGAAUACACGGCAGAGGUAUAAUUCUGGUGAGCUGUUUUUGUCCUUCUCAAGAGAGCUUAAGCCGUCAACACCUGCUAGAGGAGGGGCUCCCAAGGAUGGCCAGAAGAGUUCAUUUAUUGGAAAAGCUGGCACGGUGAGCCUUGAAAAAGCAGUAGAAGUUUUAGAUACUCUUGGAAGUAGCAUGUCAAAUUUGAAUGCCCGGAGUGGCUUUGUCUCUGGCAUUGCUUCUAGAGGGAACAGAAUAUUAAUAUUGGCAUUUGAAGUAGCCAAUACAAUAGCCAAAGGUGCAAACUUGUUUGAAUCACUUUCAGAAGAAAAUGUUCAGUUCCUGAAAAAAGAGAUAUUGCACUCGGAAGGGGUACAGCAAUUGGUUUCCUCAGAUAUGAAAGAGUUACUUAUUAUUGCUGCUGCUGACAAAAGGGAGGAAUUUGAUGUAUUUGCACGGGAAGUAAUUCGGUUUGGAGAUCGAUGUAAGGACCCACAAUGGCACAACCUGGAUCGAUAUUUUACAAAAUUGGAUUCAGAUUAUUCUGCUGAUAAACAAACUAGAGAAGAUGCAGAAAGAACAAUGCAAGAGUUGACUACUCUGGCCCAGCAUACUUCUGAACUAUAUCAUGAAUUGCAUGCUUUGGACAGAUUUGAACAAGAUUAUCAGCAGAAACUUGAAGAAGUAGAGUCUUUACAUCUUCCCAAAAAAGGAGAGAGUAUCACAAUUUUACAAUCUGAGCUAAAACAACAAAGAAAGCUUGUAAGGAGUUUGAAAAAGAAAUCUCUUUGGUCUAAAAGUUUAGAGGAGAUCAUGGAGAAGCUUGUUGAUAUAGUUACCUACUUACACCGAGCUAUCUUAGAAGCAUUUGGAAACAGUGGUGUCAGAUUGACUAAUGAGGAACCUGGCAAGAAUGCUCAAAGACUAGGUGCAGCUGGCCUUGCACUGCACUAUGCUAACAUUAUCAACCAGAUUGAUAACAUUGCAUCUCGCCCCACUUCCCUUCCUCCUAAUACAAGGGACAAUUUAUACCAUGGGUUGCCAACCUCUGUUAAGACAGCUCUACGUUCCCAACUACAAUCAGUCAGCACUAAGGAAGAGCUCACAGUAGCUCAGGUGAAAGCUGAAAUGGAAAAGACUCUCCAUUGGCUUGUACCCAUUGCUACCAACACAACCAAAGCACAUCAAGGCUUUGGGUGGGUUGGAGAAUGGGCAAACACUGGAAAUGAAUUUGGGAAGAAGACGACAACACAGAAUGUCCUAAUUCGCCUCCAAACACUUUAUCAUGCCGAUAAACAGAAGACCGAAAAUUGCAUACUCGAAAUGGUAACAUGGCUACAUCGUUUGAUAAACUUAGUAAGAUAUAGAGAUCAUGGUUUCAGAGUCAUGCCUACUCGAUCCCCUACUAGCAAAGGACUUGUUCUCCAGACGAAGAUGCAGCGACUGUUAUCCAUCAAUCAUGGCACUAAAACCUACAGCAUUCAACUUUCUCAAGAAGACAGAGAUUUGCUGGACAAAAUGGGAUGGAGAAGAUUGGUUCCAGGAAUAAGCAAGAGUCAGGAAUUUUGUAAGGACGACAACAGAGUGAAAGUUAGAAGCAGGAGCACUGGAAGCACUCCAACAAGGGAGAUUGGUACAAGACACAACUUACAACACACAAAUAUAUUGGAUGUUAUGGAUGGCUUGCAUUUGGUCUAAUCCCAUUAAUUUAUAGUGAAUUUCAUUUUUAAUAUAUAUUCCUUCGUUUAAAUUCAUAUUUACUAGUAUAAUAUAUUAUUCAAAUUACAUGAGCGAAACUAGUGUUGUACAGAACUAUCCUGUCACAAAGUUAUUACUUAAAUAUAAUUUGUUUUAGAGUU